AACAGCCCCUCCAGGAUCGCAGAGCUCUUUGGAGUCUAUUUCAACCCAAGAGAGAGGACAGAUUUCAUUCUGACUGUUAUGGAUGGCCUGACGAAUCACUGCAACAAUAACUGCCAGCCAACUGCAGAGGGAUUGCUGUCUGCCAUGGUGAACAGCGGUGGGACUAAGGUGGAGAAGGCAGCAGACCUUGUGGCUGGGGUUUGCAGCCGGUUGGAUUCAGUCCAGCAGCCCAGCUCCAGGACCCUGAUGAAGAAGUUAGUGGCCCUGCUGGCUGGCGAGGCGGAGCAUCUGGACACAGUGAUCUCAUGCCUUCUGGACUACUCCUUCCCUACAGACAGCAAUGCGGCCGAGCUAUGGCAGUUCCUAUCUGCUGACCCGGCCCUCGGAGGACAGGUGAUGGAGAACCUGGUUGCCACAUGCGCCCUCUAUGAGAUGAUCUCGGUGAGCAAGUCCAGAGAUGCCACAACCCGCCUCUAUCCUCAGCUGCUAAUGGCUUUUCUUGUCGAAAUCCAUUUCAGCCUGGGACAGAGCAUACCAGGGGAUAAAGUCUCUGGAAGGGAAAGCAGCCGGCAGAGCCUCCACACCAGCUCUGCAGUGGAGGCUAUAAAGAUGCUGCUUCUCUGUGUUGGCUGCCGUUCCGAGCUGACUGUUAUGGAGAAGGAGCAAGGCUGGAUCCUCCUACAAAGCCCCCAAGAUCACCUCCAUGGGGUGAGCCUGCUGGCCAGAGCCAUGGUGCACUAUGCUUGCCCUGAGACCACAAGGAUGCUGCUGGACCUAGUGAUCCCGCUCCUCGACAGAGGUGAUAAGAAACACAGGCUGACCAUGAUGGCCUUCUUUGUAGAACUUCUGCGUUACGAAGAGGCCAAGAAGCUCCCACAUCCAGACACUUUGGACCGUCUCGAGGAGUGGACAAAACACCCCAGCCCAGUUUUCCGUUCACUUGGUCUAAGAGGACUCAGCAUCCUGGCAACCCAACCAGGGAAGGUGGAACAAGUCAAGGCCCUGCUGCCUGCCAUCCUUUGGGGUUCGGAUGAGAUGGAUGAUGGGAGUAUUCUGGAGGCCAUCUCAGCUGUUCAGAACCUUCUGCAGAGCCUGGAUGGGAGUGAGCUCACCAGCGUGGCCAGGAAGCUAAUCCCCUUAUUCGAUGCUGUGAGACCCCAGGUGCGCUCUGCUGCCAUCAUGCUCUUUACAGAGUUGCUGAACACGGUGAAGAGGAGGCAGAAGCCCCUGCUGCAGGAGGAAGUGACCCACAGCCUGGUCCCACUGCUCCUUCACUUACAGGACGAGGACCCUGACGUGGGCAAGAGUGACCACAGAUUCCAGCUCUUCUCAUGA